AUGAGCAUGUAAAAAACUACUGUUGACUUUUUAAUAGUUGGGGCAGGCUCUGCUGGCUGUGUUUUAGCUAAUAGACUUUCAAAAAAUUUAAGCCAAAAAGUUGCUUUAGUUGAGUACGGACCUAAAGAUAAUAGUUCUCUGAUUCAUUUACCUAUUGGUUUUCCUUUACUUAUUGGAUAAUGGGUUGGCAAGAAAUAUAUCUAUCCUAAUUUAAGAAGCGAAAGUGAGAAAGAAUUAAAUGGAAGAACCACAUAUUAGCCUAGGGGGAGAACACUAGGUGGUUCUAGCUCUAUCAAUGCUAUGAUUUACAUUCGAGGCAACAAGUAUGAUUAUAACCUAUGGGAUUAAGAGGUAAAAGGAAAAGGAAAUUGGUCUUACGACAAGGUUUUACCCGUUUUUAAAAGCUUAGAAAAUAAUCAACACUAUAUUAAUAAUCCUUAUCAUGGCAAUAAAGGUGAACUAGGUGUAACUACUCCAUAAUUUGUUUGCGAUACUACAAAAGAAUACUUAAAAAGCUGUUAAGAAGCUGGCAUUAAAAAUAUCGAUGAUUUUAAUGGUGAUAGCUAAGAAGGAUCAGGAAUAUAUUAAAGAACCAUAUUUAAUGGUGAAAGAUGUUCAAGUGCAAAAGCCUUUUUGACUAAAGAUAUUAAAGAUAGAAAAAAUUUAGCUAUCCUCACUGAAUUAAAGGCUUCUUAAAUUAUUUUCGAUCACCAGAAAAAUGCUUAAGGUGUUAUUUUCAUAAAUUCUAAAGGAGAAAAAUAAUAUAUCGAAGCCUAAAAAGAGGUGAUAAUUUGUGCUGGUGCAUUUGGCUCACCACAGCUUUUGUAAUUAUCUGGAGUAGGAGAUGCUAAGGAGCUAAGCGAAUAGAAUAUUAAAGUACAACACAAUUUACCUGGAGUAGGUAAGAACCUAUAAGAUCACUUAGAUAUCAUAGUUUAAGCAUAUUUGAAAGAAGGAGAUUUAGGUAGUGUUCAUCAUUCAGUUUUAAAGGAAUAGAUAAAGCAUGGUAUUAAAUACUACUUUAAAGGGGAAAAAGAAAACAGUUUCUUUUCAUCUAAUUUAGGUGAAGGUGGUGCAUUUUUUAAAGUAAAUGAAGAUUCCCAACAUGCUGAUACCUAAUUUCACUAUGCUCCUUGCAUAGUUGUCGACCAUGCAUAGAGAAUUGAGUAUGCUAAAGGAGUUACUUUACACUCAUGUUAUUUGAAUCCAAAAAGCAGAGGAUCUGUUAGUCUAAAAGAUAAGAACCCUCUUUCGUAUCCAAAAAUUAAAAUGAAUUAUCUUUCAGAUCCAAGAGACUUGCAAAUGAUGGUAAGAGGAGUUAAAAAAGCGCAUUAAGUAUUUACAUAAACAAGAUUUAAAGACUUGAUAAGCAACUUAGGAUAAAUAACUGUUCAAAAUCCUUCUGAUAAGUUUUGGGAAGAUUUUAUAAGAGCUAAGGCAGAAACAGUUUAUCACCCAGUAGGAACUUGUAAAAUGGGAUUAGAUGAUAUGUCUGUUGUUAAUGAAGAGCUUAAGGUGCAUGGAAUAAAUAAAUUAAGAGUAGCAGAUGCUUCAAUCAUGCCCUACGUAGUGAGUGGCAAUACCAAUGCUCCAACUAUGAUGAUAGCUCAAAAGUGUGCUGAAAACAUUAUUAAAGACUAUAAAUUAUGA